AUAAAUAGCAGAACUUGCAACCUCUAGAACGCUGCGAGAGUACUUAAGGUUCUUCCCAUGGCUACUCGCAUUUCCAUCUUCUACCUGAGGUUUCUCCUUCGAGCAUCGUUUCUUUAUUUGUGCCUUCUCCCUUCUGUAAAGAACAGUUCUGCUGAACAAUAUAAUGAAUCCGAAGGCCACCGUUCUCAUAGCCACAAUGUAAAAGUCUGUUCUCUAUUACCCUCAACAGUCUGCAACCAUACUUCCACUAAAGGUCAAAACAAAGCAUCUCUGAAGGUUCUAAGCAAGUACAGUCCAUGCUCUACACUAAAUCAAGGCAAAAUAAAGACGCCAAAUUACCUGGAAAUUUUGCGCAAAGACCGAGCCCGAGCCAGUUACAUUCAAUCCAGAAUCUUUAGACAAAAUGAAGCACAGGCCAUUACAGUCGAUACGAAGCCUAUUCUAUCAUAUGAGGCACCUUUCGAAUUCUAUAUCACUGUAUCACUGGGAACACCGAGACAAAAUGUUAAUCUCCUUUUGGACACUGGCAGCGGCUUCACUUGGACACAGUGCAAGCCCUGCCUUGAAUGCUUCAAACAGAAAACCCAGUUGUUUGAUCCAUCCAAAUCCUCCACGUAUUCUGCCGUUCCAUGCGAAUCGCCGGCCUGUUUCGAGAGAAGGUGCAUUUCCGAUAAGUGCAUUUACAGAGCUGAAUACGUUAGCGGUCGUUCCAGUGGUAUUGUAUCGACAGAUAGGCUAACCAUUACCAAUGGCUUUGGCACGUUUGUCAAAUACCCUCACAUUUUCGGAUGUGGAAAUAACAAUUCUGCAGACAUUGACGGAGCCACUGGAUUAAUGGGUCUCAGUCGAAGUCCAUUAUCCUUUAUCUCACAAACUUCCCAAAAAUACUUCUCUUAUUGUUUUCCUUCAUCUUAUGGCUCAACUGGGUACUUAACUUUUGGCAAAACGGAUGAAGAUAUCAGAAACAAGUUCAUCAAAUUCACUCCAAUGUCCAUCUCUCCCCAACUCUCAGAUCUUUACGAUAUUACUGUAACCGGAAUUACAGUCGCCGGAAAAAUGCUACCUAUAGCGAAUUCAGAGUAUUCUAAAUCAGGAGCAUUUAUUGACUCAGGAUCAACCUUCACGACCCUUCCAGGAUCCACGUACGUGGCUCUGAGAUCAGCCUUCCGUAAAGAAAUGUCAAAGUAUAAGAUGAUAAAGCCAGUGAAAAGUGAAGAUAUUGACACUUGUUAUGAUUUUAGCAGUAAAGAUAGAAUUGUAAUACCAAAGAUUUCUAUCUUCUUCAAAGGGGAGGUUGAAUUGGAGCUGGAUGUGAAGGGAAUUAUGAUUGCUUUUAAAAAGGAUUUAAGCCAGGUGUGUUUAGCUUUUGAGCCGAAUACUAUUGACUCUUUUUUUGUCUUGGGGAACAAUCAGCUGAGGGCAAUGGAGGUCCACUAUGAUCUUGCUGGAGAGAGGCUUGGGUUUGGUCCUGGUAGUUGCAGCUAAGUGCAACCAAAAAGGAUGAGAAUCUUCCGAAAUUUUGCCCUUGGAAUCAAGCAUUAUUGUUGUGCUUUAUGCUUGAAGUAUUUAAUAUAUUCACGUUUAAAAUGGUA